AUGACAAGAGAAUAUUUUUCGAGACUUUAUGAUCAUAGUCAUGUUCCUGACUUGCCGAAGCCCUGGCUCAAUACACCAUCAGUCAAGGAAGUUAGGGGUCGAGUUACUGAUGACCCUUUCAUUUGGCCGAUCAAGGCUUCUCUUGCCGAUUUUCGUGCAAUGUUGAGACAGGGCAAUAGCAAGCCUUCACCUGGACCAGAUGGAUGGAAAAAAUUGGAGGGGUCUCCUACUCUCCAAUUUCCUUGCGAACUUGCCUAUGGCAUGGCUCAAUAUCUCUUUAAUGUUCAUGUGGCUGCUCAGCCUGGUGUUCAGACCCGCGAUCUUAUGAGUUACUUAUCUGGUGUCAGAUGCUGGGCAAAUCGUCAUAAACAACAGGUCUUCACAUUAAAGUGCGACCAAAUGAAAGGGUUUGACUAUCUCUCACCCAAAGAGUUCUAUGACCCCAUUCAUGCUUAUGGGCUCCCAAAGUCAAUCAUUGAUCUUGACUAUGCUGCCCAGCAUCAGACUCAAUGCUAUAUCCGAACACCGUAUGGGGUCUCUGACCCAAUAGUGGUGUCUGGGCUUAACAAACAGGGAGGAGCCACGUCCCCACUCAAGUUGACCUUUACUACAAGUCUUGGUCACUAUUUUCUUAACGACCUUCUUUCUAAGGACCCUGAUGCCCUUGUUGUGACAACGAGCAGUAUGAUCAAGGAUGACCCGCAUCUAAUGGAUGCAAAACACAAGCUGCUCGUUGCUAUGGUAGAAGCUACAGAUGACUCUUACAUUUUCUCCAAGUCCUUAGAGUCGUUGCAACACAACGCACUUGCCAUGGAACGGUUUCAAUAUGCAUAUGGUUGGUUGAUGCAAUGGGCAAAGUCCAAAGCCUACGUUCUUGCGGCCUCUGAGAACUAUCCUGACACUGUCAAGUUCCAAUCUGUGUCCAUGGGAAGGGGGGUCAAUCCCCUUGACAUCACUGAGCAUGAUGUCGUGCUCAUCAGAGACGAUCUAGACUUUCUUCAGACCAAAGUUAAUGAUCCUGUGUCCCGUUUUGCUGAACUAAAAGACUUCAUAGAAAGCUUUCAGUUUCUGAUGGUAAUAGGUCGUCUUCUCAUUACACUAAUCCGAAAGAUUGUCUCGCAAAACAUUGUCUCCCGUUGUCAUGCACUCUUGUCACUUCAACCAGUGAAACAAUCUGACGCUGAGGCACUUGACAGAUUGAUCAUUCGCAAGGUCCAUGGUGCCCUUGGCUUUCCUUUUCAACCAUCGACAUCCAUUGCAACUCUCCCUGUAUCUUACCAUGGUUUUGACUUUCCAUCCAUUGCUCGCAUCAACACCGGCAUUGCUGUCAACGGGAUUGGUCGUGACCUUAACCAUCACAUCCGCUUGUACCAAACUAUGGCGCAUAUCAUGCGAAUGGAUUGGACAUGCGAGUGGAAUAACUGCCAGUACCUGCUUGAUGCUCAAAAGGUAUUGAAGGAUUUGUCACUGUCUCUCAGGCUGAUGGAUCAAUCUGGUAUAAUUGAAGGCAUUCACAGAUUCAUGGGUGUUUCACUUCGCUCCUUGCACCUUAAGGGUAUACGUACUCUCAAGGACUUUGGAGAGUGGACUAUAAAUCAAAAUGGUUGCAUUGGCGUUACCAAUGGGGUGGCAGAACCACCCUUGGAGCUUGAUUUGACGUUUCCUGGGCAUGAUACCCAGAAGGCGAUGGAAUCGACAUCGACAAGUUCAGUGAGCAUGGAGAACCACAGAAGUAGUGUUUGGAAGUCCGGUCUCAUGACUGGAAAAAUGUUGAAGAAGACGUCUCGUGACCUUAUUGUUUAUGCAUACGCUUUUCUUUACGUUUACUUUGCCAGUCUUUGUGCAAGCCACCGUCCCCAUUCCUAUAAAUACGAAAAGCCUAUUUCUCUUCACCUCAGUCAUCAUAACACAUCGUGUCUGACUCUGAGUUCCACCGGUCAUAAACCGGUUAAAACCGAUGCAGACCGAAACCGGUCUAUAGACCGCAAAAAACCGCGAAUCCAGAAGUGGCAGGCGCAACGACGAGGGAUAGAGGUAUACGUCCUCAUAUUUGGCCCCAAAAGGGAAAGCGCCGAUAUGCAGACCACCUGCAAACAUGACCGUGUCCAUGUCCACGUCAGCCAGCUGGAAUAUGAAUGCGACGCGACCACGACUGUCACCAUGCCAGCCAUCCUGGACACGACAUAUCAUUAA